AUAAUACCCUAAAUGCACAUCAUGCUGCAUUGAAAAAGACUAGAAACUAGAGGUUCAGUCCGUAAUCCCGUGUUUACAAUGUUUACUGUGGUAAUAAAUCAAGUGACAAGUAAUAAUUUAGUAAUUUUUACAUACUCUCCUUCAAUCAGACUUGGUUUUUCUACCAGAGGAGUCACCCCCUGCUGGCAAGUAGAGAGAAUGCAUGUUGGAGACACUUCUGUGUUAGCGUCCCUUUUCCGAACCAGAGGUUGCCGGCUGGUUAUGGGUCCUUUUGCAUAAUAGGUACCAUGUAUGAAGCACAUGGAUAGCCUGUUCCCCUGUUAGUGCAGCUGGAAGGGUUCAAACCUCGAUGCGGCGGUACUCACGCUUGAGCAGUAUUGGAAGUGCCACGAGGACCUUUUUAUAUUCGACGCAGUCCGAGUGCCUUUUAUAGCAGAGUGUGUUGGCCGCUUGUUCAAACAUGAGACGGACAUGUAAAUUGCUAGCACAUUUAUAUAACACGGAGCAUCUCUGGAAGGGGCUUGAGAGGGAGAGGCGAGAGUAUUUGCUUCCUCUCCCAGUGGUGCCAGCAGCCCCAGUUAACUCACCUACAUGGAGAAAGAGAACAGAGGGAGAGAGAGAGAGAGAGAGACCGACCGACCGAACAAGGGAGGGAGGUACUGCGACAUAAGAGGGAAGCAGAGGGGAGGGGAAAGUUUGCAGGUGUGACAGAGCCAGAGAAGUAGGAGGGGGGAGGCGUCAGGCUAUCUGGGUGAGAAAGGAGGAGGAGGAGGAGGCGUCGGACUGGAGAAGAGACAGAAGAGAUGAGCAGGCAAGGGCACAGCAGCAAAACAGAAGGCUGGGGUAGAGGGAAAGGAAGGAGCGAGUGGGAGAGGCAAAGAAAAGAGUGAGUGGGAGAGAGAGAGAGAGAGCGAAACAGCGAGAGUAAGGAGAAGAAAGCGAGCAAGCGACAGUGACAGGGACAGAGGCCAGCAUAGGAGGAGGAGGAGAGAGGGGGGGAUUGGCAUGGCAGACAGCGCGAGCGGGGGCAGAGAGAGGGAGAUUUUGAAUCCGUGAGACAGACCAGGAGAGGCUGAGCUGGUGAGGGGACACAGGAUCGCAGAGGGAGAGCGAGGAGCGACGACGGUCUCCAGUAGUAGCACGGAAUACGAUGAUGGGGCUGUACUAUCCUGCCGUGUUGUCGGGCUCUCAGGAUAGUGCUGGCGGUCAGGAGGGACUCGUGCCUCCACCUUUCUCCGCAUUCCCGCCGCCGCCACCACCGCCCCCGCAGAACGGCCUGGCCUUGGAUUAUGGCGGGGGGCUGUACGCGGCGGGGGCUGUCCAAGGGCCCGUGGAAGCCGGCGGCGCGGUGAACAGCGUCGCAAACGUCGGCAACAGCCUCGGCGUCCAACAGUCCGACGGCUCCUCUCAGAUCGACGGCUCCUCAGCGGUCGGCUCAGGAGGAGGUGGAGGGAGCAUCGGUGAUGACUCCGAUGCCAAGGGGACCCCCAAACGCCUCCACGUGUCUAACAUCCCCUUCCGCUUCCGGGACCCCGACCUACGGCAGAUGUUUGGGCAAUAUGGAAAAAUUCUCGACGUGGAGAUCAUUUUCAACGAGAGGGGGUCCAAGGGCUUCGGCUUUGUAACAUUCGAGACAAGUGCGGAUGCGGAGCGGGCCAGAGAGAAGCUUCACGGCACGUUGGUGGAGGGACGUAAAAUCGAGGUGAAUAACGCCACAGCCAGAGUGAUGACAAACAAGAAGAUGACCAUCCCUUACUCUAACGGGGAGGGCCUCGCAACGCUGCCAUACGCUGGAUGGAAGUUGAGUCCCAUGGUGGGAGCCAUGUACAGCCCUGAACUCUACACAGGCACUUCAGCCGAUCUGUCCCAACUCCUCUGUCUCUCAGUGCCGGGGUUUCCGUACCCAGCAGCGGCGGCGGCGGCGGCUGCUGCGUCCACCGCCGCCUCCUUCCGAGGGGCCCACCUGCGGGGUCGAGCCCGACCCGUCUACAGCGCCGUUAGGGCCGCUGUGCCGCAACCCGCCAUCCCCACCUACCCGGGUGUGAUGGCCUAUCAGGAUGGCUUUUACGGUGCAGCUGAUCUCUAUGGGGGCUAUGCAGCCUAUCGUUACGCCCAGCCGACUGCGGUAGCGACUCCCGCGGCAGCGGCGGCUGCGGCGGCAGCUUACAGUGACAGCUACGGACGGGUUUACACGGCAGACCCUUACCACGCCGCGCUCGCCCCGGCCGCCUACGGCGUUGGAGCCAUGGCCACACUGUACAGGGGAGGCUACAGUAGAUUUGCCCCUUAUUAAAGACACUACAUUUCCCAGGAGCUCCUCUCUUCCAUUGAAUUUCUCUGAAAGAGCUCCCUCUGUUGCCGUGGAGGUGGACUGCACCCAGUUUUAAACAGUGGAGUCGACUCAACAAAGAUAUUUCAGAUCCUUCCCCACAGCAGUCCCACGUUUUCGUAUAUACGCUACUACAGAAAUAGAGGAAUGCUGUAAUAAAGACUGACGGAUGGCCUUUACAGUAAAAAAAAAAAAAAAAGAAGAAAAAAAAUAGACUUAAGAUGGCCACCUUCCCUAUUGCACGGCUGUAUUAUAGUCCCCUCUUCUUAAUCCCUCGGCACUCAGCAGCACAAGACUCGUGAUGGGGCCCAGAUGUUCUUCCAAAGGCUGUAUGUGGAUAACAUUUAAACAGCUGUCAACCGUGUGUGAGAAGAAAGAGCUGGGUGCUGUGUGGCCUGCACGCACUCAACAUUUAAGGAAAAAAGGAGGGAAUCAAACGUGUCUACAAAACGUCGGAGAAGCAGGAAGCAGGAAGGCCCAUGGAAAGGGAAGCUUAAAAAAAAACAACAACAAAAAAAACAAAAACAUUUUGAACCAGAACGACGAGUCACCGACCAUGAAAACAGCCGGCCAUGGGACUUUUAUGAUCCCACCUCAAGGUGGGCGGGUAGGAUGGGAGUGUGUCGUUGUGUUGUUGCAGAGCGGCGGCUGGGAGGAGGUGACGUGUGACGGUUUAUAUCGCUGCAGGAAUCACGACCGAAAGCUGGAGGGAGGGAGGGUUAUUAGAGCUGUUCCUUACCUCAAGUUUUCUUAGUAUGUGGAAAUGGUGAACCUUUAAACUUAAAAUUGUUAUGAUAUGCAAAGAAAUUAGCUUAGAGAAAAAAAGUUACCAAAUUAUUAUUAUUAUUAUUAUUGUAAUUAUUCUCAUUCAUAUUCUUAUAAAACCAUUAUUUUUUUUGACUCUGCAGCUAGUGCUGUUAUGGGGCAUGUAGAUCCAACAGUGAACCCUGGGGUUAAAAUCAGAAAACGAGCAUCGCUAUCUCAAAGACUCCACUUUAUGAGCUAUAAGACGCUUCUAUAGUCUCACAUCAUUUUUCUAAAGCACAGGAUUCCGCUGCGUUCUGCGUGCGACGGCCACUCAAACACUACGGAGGGAUCCCACACUAAAACGGUGUCGUCUUGAAUUGAUUUUUAGCAUUUAGAUCCAAACGACAUCGUCCACCCGCAACCCCGGGGUUCACGUAUUUGUUGGUCCUUUAAUGUAGAGAUUUAUUAUUUGGAUUUUCCCCUCAUGCUCCACCUUUUAUAGAGCAACGUCCAACAUUGAAUGAGUCUUCCUGAAACAUACUUUAGUCGGUAAAUGUGUUCGAGAUGCUGCCAGCAGCGUUUUACUGAGCAAGAGAGCGAUUCUGGCGAGGAAUUAAUAAAAAAUAUUUAAAUGCAAAACACAUUACUAUUGUGCAUAUUUCUAUACUGUUGUAUUCUAUAUUUCCAAAACGUGGCUUUUAUUUUGCUUUUGUUUUUGUUCCAAAGAUUUGUAGAAAGCACAUUUUUCUGCCGUAUGUAUAAAUAUAUUAUCUUUGUUAUUAUUAUAAUGAUAUGGCUGUCUUUAUUUACUUAUUUUUCACUUUGUAUGUCUUUUUUUUAAUAUAUAUAUAUAUAUAUAUAUAAAUAUCUCUUAAGUGUUGUUCCUUCUCCAGUAAGGUGCAAAUUCAAUUAAGUUUUUUGUUAUUUUCUUUUGCUUUGGAAUAAAGUUCUUGAGCCAAGAGCGUAUCUGAGAAGGUACAAACUAGAGGUAUGCAUGUAACACUACCAAACCCAGUCCUCUUGGUGAAAUAUUCAGUCAAUCCAAGCUACACUUUGUUUUGUUUUGGGGUUGUCGUGUUAUCACGCAUUCAUGAUCAGGUUGAUAUUCCAACAUGGUGGAAAAACAAAAUGUCAUUGUGGGAUAUGAUCUAAGUUGUGUGUUAAAUGAGAUCUCUCUCUCUCUCUCUCUCUCUCUAAUAUAUAUAUAUAUAUAUAUAUAUAUAUAUAUAUGCCUAGUAUUUUUUUUCCUCUAACGUAUUGACGACUUUAAAAUAUACAGUUUUAUUUUCCAUGUCCAAUACGAUUUUUAUUUUUUUCUCUAUUAAAUGUGCUGCUGGUAGAUUUUCUCAUAACACUUAUCAUUUUAUCAUGUCUCCAAAUCACAACAGAAUGGGUUCUGGACAACAACAAAAAAAAAAAAAAAAAAAAAACUAGCCAAAGAUGCUAACUUACAGUCCACACAGUACACACAGACGGACUAAUGAAGCCACUGGCGGCAUGGACAAACCAGCAUGAGCGAUACUCGUCAAGUUUGAGAACUUUUUGCAUGAAUCUCGUGUCUUUCAUAUUUUGACUCCCGAGCAGCCGAGCCCGGUUGCCUUGUUCUUCACCACUAGAGUCUGCGGGGAAACGACGGGCAGCUAGCUGUUUGAAGCUAGUCAACACAACAAAGAGCACAGUGCAAACAAAACAAAACAACACGUGGCAGCUUCAUUUCUCCUGUCUUGGUUUUCUUGCCACUGUAUUAUAGUAGACUAUGUGGCCAUUCUUCACAGUUGCUAUGGUUUCCUCAAUGAACUGUCCUCCCCCCUCUAUCAUGUCUAUAUCCCCCCCUGACUGCCAUUAUGUUUUUUAGUUAUUGAAUGUCCAUAUAAAAUGUUUUAUAUAAAAAUGUUUUGUUGUGA